UCAGGCUGAUUUCUUUUUUGAAGACGUAAACCUUACAGAUUCUUUUUUUUAUAGACCUGAAAUGGCGCAAAAGAGAGUUCAUAUAAAAGAAGAAUUCUACUGCCUGAGCUGUUUUGAUCCACUGAAAUACCCGGUGACUAUUCCCUGUGGACACAACUUUUGUAUAAACUGUAUUAAAACCCACUGGGAAGAAGAGGAGGAGAAAGGAAUCCACAGCUGUCCUCAGUGCAGGAAAACCUUCAACCCAGGUUUCUCAGAGAAAACCACACCUCUAACAGAUGUAGUGGAGCUGCUGAAGAAGAUCAAACUCCAAGCUGUUCUUGCUGAUAACUGCCAUGCUGGAUCAGAAUAUGUGGCCUGUGAUUUCUGCACUGGAAGCAAAAUGAAAGCAAUCAGCUUCUGUUUUGUCUGUUCAGCCUUUUACUGUGAAGGACAUGUUCAUUCCCACAAUGAUGAUCCUCCUUUGAAGAGAAACAAAGUGCUAAAGCCCUCCAAGAACCUCCAGAAGAACAUCUGCUCUCAACAUGAUGAAGCAAUAGAUUUUUUCUGCCGUACUGAUCAGAAGUUCAUCUGUAGCCACUGCCUAAUGAAUGAACAUAGAGGCCACCACACAGUGUCAGCUGCAACAGAAAGGAGUCAGAGGCAGAGAGAGCUGGAGGAGAUACAAGAAAAAAUCCAGCAGGGAAUCCAGGACAGAGAGAAAGAUGUGAAACUGCUGAAACUAGAGGUGGACUCUAUCAAUCACUCUGCUGAUAAAACAGUGGAGAACUGUGAGGUAAUUUUCUCUAAACUGAUCCGUCUCAUCCAGGAAAAAAGCUCUUAUGUGAAGCAACAGAUCAGAUCCCAGCAGGAAACUGAAGUGAGUCGAGUCAAAGAGCUUCAGGAGAAGCUGGAGCAGGAGAUCACUGAGCUGAAGAAGAAAGAAGCUGAGCUGAAGCAGCUCUUAAACACAGAGGAUCACAACCAGUUUCUCCACAGCUACCCCUCACUGUCAGCACUCAGUGAGUCUACACACUCACCCAGCAUCAAUAUCCGUCCUCUGAGACACUUUGAGGAUGUGACAGCAGCUGUGUCAGAGCUCAGAGACAACCUACAGGACAUUCUGAGAGACACAUGGAAAAACAUCUCACUGACAAUCACUGAGCAGAAGGCUUUACUGUCAGAACCAGAACCAGAACUGGAGCCAAACAGCAGAGAUGGAUUCUUAAAAUAUGCAUGUGAAAUCACAUUCGAUCCAAACACAGCACAUGGGGAACUGUCUCUAUCAGAGGGGAACAGGAAGGUGACUUACAAUCUGAAUGUGUAUGGUUAUAGAAUCCCAGACAUUCCUAGCAGAUUUAACAAAUGUGAGCAGGUUCUGAGUAGAGAGAGUCUCACUGGACGUUGUUACUGGGAGGUGGAGUGGACCGACCCAGUAGUUACUGUCGCAGUUGCAUACAAGAACAUUAGACGAGUAGAUAACGGAAGUCAGAGCAGAUUUGGGUACAAUGACAGAUCUUGGGCACUAGAUUGUUUCCAAAAUGGUUCACUUUUCACAAUAACUAAUGGUGCUAAUUUGGGGUUUUGGCACAACAAUGCCAGGACCCCCACCUCAGGGUCAAUGUCCUCCAGAAUAGGAGUGUACCUGGAUCACUCAGCAGGGAUUCUAUCCUUCUACAGCGUCUCUGAAACCAUGACUCUCCUCCACAGAGUCCAGACCACAUUCACUCAGCCGCUAUAUGCUGGACUUUAUGUUGAGUUAUUCUCUAAUGCAGAGUUCUGUGAACUUUAAUAGUUCUUUUUUUUCUUUCUGGUUGUUAAUCAGGAUUUAUUUUUCUGUUUCUCUGCUCUGUUGUUCUGUUUUGUUUAUUUAUUUUUAUGUAACACACUGUGUCUGUCAUUCAGAAGACAUAACAUUUUUCUUAAUUUUUAUAUGACAUGGGAAUAUUCUCCCCAAAUGUGUAGCCAUGUUUUUUUCAACUUUGUGGGGGAUAUUAUCCUAAAUAUGCCACAUUUUAGGGUCAUUAAGAUAGAUUCUUGCCUUAGGUUGUAGGUUAUGAGCAAAGUGUGUAGAGUUUAGGUUAGGUUUAGGGUUGGUUAUAUGUUGAUAAUGUUUAGGCUUAGGUUAAAGGUCAGGGUUAGCCCACAGAAAUUGAGUAUAAAUUAAACUUGAGAAAGGGUAUUCCUGAAAUUAGAUCUUCAAAAAGAAAUCAGAAAGCUCUCUCUAUGAACUCAGUCUACUCUCAUCACAGGUUUAAUAUCUUUUUUGGAAAGUAUUAAACACAAAAUUCCUAGAAUUUACUUCACAUUCUAAACAUUAAGGGACUCUGGAUUACAGACAGAAGAAUCUGAUGUUGCUGUAAAACAAAUGUCAGUAGCCAAAUUACUUGGUCAAGAUGGUUUGACUUUCAAUUUUCAUACUUUUUUUUCCUUGGAUGAAUUUAAAGAGCUAUUAAUUAAAACCUUAGAAGAAUGUAUUGAAAAUAAGAAUGUAAUGCCAACUAUGAAACUACAUUAUUACCCAAACCAGGAAAAGAAAGAUAAGAUAAAAGAUUAAAGAUAAAAGAUAUAUUGAUGAUCCAUAGCGCACAUAGGAAACUAAAACAGCCUUUAUUUAAUUAGAUUAACCCCAGAUUGAAGUUAAAUGCUGAAACUCUGGUCUUCAGCACAGUUUCAGCCAUAGAGUAUUAGAUAAGAGUAUUU